AUGGAGCUUUUCCGAGAGAUGCAUCUAAGAGGAAUAGUUGCUGAUACAGUUACUUACAGCACUUUGAUUCAUGGGUUUUAUCAAGUUGGUGAUCUUCAUGGCGCCUUAGAGAAACUCCAGGAGAUGAAGUCUAGUGGUGUGGCUCCUGAUACCUUAACUCUCCGCAGCAUUCUUGCCGGUUUAUGCAGUACGGAGGAACUGCCAAAGGCAGAGGCAAUGUUGGUGGAUCUGCAGAAGAGCGUGGAUGGUGAAUGA